AUGUCAGCACAAGUGAAUAAACAUAUCAAAGGAAUUACUAAAGUCGAUAAUAGGACGUCUCAUAAAAGUAAAAGUACAUGUACAUUUAAUGAACAAACAAGAAAUGCUACUAGUUGUUGUUUAUUUGUAAAAACAAAAGAAAAUGAAACAGAAGGGGAACAAUGUACGAUUGAAGGAAUUCCUUUGUUUGUUGAACAUUCAUUUCGAUUUUUUGAAUUAUCAAGUAAAAUAGAAAAAGAAGUUCCACCUGUUCCAUUACAAUAUUUAACUUAUGACACUGCGUUAUUAUGGGCAUCAGAAAAUAUGUCAAAGAAUUUUGUUGAUUUAGUUAAGAUGUAUAAAAUGGAUGGAAAUGCUAUUUCACGAUUAAAAAUGCAGGAUCUAAGAAAAUAUAAAUUCAGAAUUGUAGAAUGUGAUACUGUCUUAAAGAAAAUUAAAGCGUAUUUCCAUAUAACUAAUUUUGGAAAAAGGUUAUUAAAAAAUCAAGGAAUUGAUGACAGUGAUUUACGUCAAAUGUAUAAAUAUAUUGAUAAUCACCAUAAUGGUAAAUUGAUACCAUUUAAUUCAAUGGAUAAAAAACAAGCUUCUACUGUAGCAUUUUUAAUUAUUAGGAAUUAUUUAUGUUCAUUUGAUGAAAUUAUAUCAGAAACAUCAUUUGGAGAAAUGAUCAAAUUUUAUCAUGAUCAUAUGAGGGAUGAUGAUGAUUCAUUUGUUAGAUCAUUUGAUAAAGUACUUCAGACUUGUCUUACUCCAUUACAAUAUAAUGUUUUAAUAAGAACUCUUAGAUUUAUGUUAGUAAUAAUGAAUAGUAGAGGAAGUGUAUUUGUUCAUUUUCAAGAUGUAUUUAAGAAGACUAUGUUUUCAUUAAUUAGUCCUAUAUCAUUAGAUAUGGAUUUUACAUUUUUAUUAAUAUUUUAUUCAUUGAAAUCACGUAAACCAACAAAUUAUAUUAAAAUGAAUUUAUUUCAAUUAAAUAAUAAACUACUUUAUGGAGAAUAUAUUAUUAAACAAUUUGAUGACAUUCUUAUAUCAGAUAAAACUUAUACAUUUCAUAAACAAAUGAAUGAUGUUUCAACAAAAGAAUGGGAACGUGGACGUAUUUAUAUAACUAAUUUUCGUGUUUGGUGGGUUCCAAAUGAUGAAGAAUGUUUUCAAAGAAAUACAAGACUGCUAUUAUUAUCAUAUAUUCCAAUAAGAAGUAUUAUGGAAAUGAAAUCAUUUGAUAGUAAAGAAGAUAUUACAAAAGAGAAAAAAGUAUGUGUAAGAAUGUAUGAUAAUCUUUUACGAUUAUUUCUAUUUGCAUUUCAAAGUAUACAACAAUUACAAGACUUUAGAGAUGAAUUACAAAUGGCUAGCGUAUUUGAAGAUAAUUAUCCAAUUGAUGAUGUGGAAUGUAUUUCAUAUGAAAUACCAUUUAAAAAUUAUGGAGAAAAAAAGAUAAAUAGAAAUGGAAUUCAUAUCAAUUCAAAUGAAUUUAAAGUAUUUAAAGAAGAAGAAAAUGAAUAUGUUAUUCCAUAUCAAUUAAAUAAUGUUGAUGAAAAUAAAGAACUACCUAAUAUUAGAGGAUGUAUAUUUUUAUAUAAACAUUCUAAUGGUUGUACAAUUUGUAGAUUAAGUUUAUCAAAAACUGUAGAUAAAACAAAAUCAUUUUUCUUAUCAACAAUAGAUGAAGUUCAAAAAAAAUAUCAUGCGAUCUAUCUUAGUCCACAAGAAAAGAAUGAUUCAAUGAUACUUAAAACAAGUGAUGAAGUUAAUAUUAUUUGGAAUAAAAUUGUUGAUAGUGCAAAGAAAUUUACUGAAACAACUAAUUUUAAAGAAAUAACUACAAUAUUUGAUGAAUAUAUUAAAUAUAUAUCAAUUGUCUUUAAUAAUGUUUUCUCUUUAUUUGUUAAAGUUAAACUUGGAGAAUCUAUUAUGCUUCAAACAAGAAGAGAUAAUGAAACAGAAUUACCAUUAUAUUCUUCAUUAAUUCAAUUUAUUACAGAUAAAUAUUAUUGGACUUAUAAUGGGUUUGUAGAAUUAAUAUUUGUUGAAUUUAUACAAAGUAAUUAUUUCUUUUUUUGUAAUAAUGGAGAAAUUUGUCCUAUUCCUCAUUCUUUUUUAAUAUUUAUUAGAAUUAUUUCAUUAUUUGUUAUGACUAUUCCAUCUGCAUUUGAAUUUUCACAACAACUUCUUAAUUAUUUAGAACUUAUUUGUAUGUCAGGAAGAUUAAGAUUUAAUGAAUCACGUUCACAAAGAUCAAUUGUUAGAUUAUUAGUUAUGAAAAAUAAAUUAAAAAAUCAACGCUAUAACUCUUCAACAAAUGUCAGUCUUAUAGAUAUGUAUAAUGAGAAUUUAUUUAGUGUACAAAGUUUAGUAUUAUUAUUUCUUAAAUGGAUGAAUGUUGGAAAAAAUUGUAAUUUUCCUUUAAAUCCUUCUAUUCAAAAUCUUGAUUUACAAAAUAAAGGAAUUAUUGCUUUACCUGUCCAAGAAAAUUUAAAAGAAUGUCAUCAAUUAACUCAAUUAAACAUAAGCCAAAAUCAUCUUAUUACAAUUCCUUCACAAAUUACUGAAUUAUCACAAUUAAAAGAUUUAAAUAUAUCAACUUGUUCUAUAUAUUAUAUUCCUUAUAAUUGUUUCUCUCAAUUAACUAAUUUAACAUCAUUAGAUAUCUCUGAAACAUCAGCUAUUAAUUCUGAAUUAAUCAAAUUUCCUUCAUUUUCAUUUCUUACUAAAUUAGAAUAUCUUGAUAUUUCUAAUCAUUGUAAAGCAUCAGGUGAAUCAAUAUAUCUUGAAUUACCUUGCUCUUUACGUACAUUCAUUGCAAAACAAAGUCUUCAAACACUUCCUGAUUUAUCUAAAUUAAAAUGUUUAGAAAAAUUAGAUAUCAGUGAUAACAGACAAUUAAAGUUAAAUGCUUUAGCUGAAGUAUCCUCAUUAAGAACUUUUAUUUGUAGGAACAGAACUACUUCAACAUUUCCACAACAACUAUUUUCAAUUAAACUUCGAUACCUUGAUUUAUCUUGUGAUAAAAUUGAACGAUUACCACAAGCGUUUUAUAACUGCAUUACAUUAGAGAGUCUUAAUUUAUCAAACAAUCAAAUAUCAACUUUAUCUAGUCAAUUAUCAAUGUUAAAAAAUUUAAAGACAUUACUUAUUGAUAAUAAUCCAUUAACAAGUAAAAUCACUUUAAAACCAAUUCCUAAUAGUAUUCCAAUGUCAUAUCCAUGUUAUGUUCAUGUAUUUUGUACAAAAGGGUUUUAUUCAAUAUUUAAGAAAAUGAUUAAAAUGAAUAAGAAAAGUAAUUUUGAAUUUGUCUCAGAAAUAAGUGCUAAUUCAACAAAACCACAGUUGAUAUUAAAUUUUGUUGAUGUAGAAAAAACUGUUAUUCCAUACGGUAUGGCUAAUGAUGAUUUGUAUAUUAUUCAUCAAGAAGUAAAAGACCAAGCUGGAUUAAUAACUCAUCAUAUAUUGUCAAAUGAAAAGAAAUACUAUUUCAUUGGAGAGAAAAAAAUGUGUUGUUUAUUAAAGAAAAGAAAGUGUAAGAGAAGUGGGACUAUUGGUAGUGACGUAGAAAUUAUAGAUGCUGGACCUUCAAUGGUUGAUAAAUUAGUUAGUUCUAUUAAUUCAGAACUUAAUUAUAAAAAAGAAAUUAGACGUAUUGGAAUGGAAUUAUACCAAACCCAAUAUGAAGAAGUUACAUUGACCACUAAACAAAUGAUUCAAUUGGUUAAGUUUUAUAACAGCAAUUGUGACCAAACAACAUUAGAUGAACUAAGUAAUAUUGGAGUAAUUUUUGAUUUAAAGAAGACUGAAGAAGGAAUUAGUGAAUGUGUUAAAAAAGGUUCAGAGUCUUGUCCAAAAGGAAGAUAUAUUUUAAGACAAGUAUUUGAUAAAAAGAAGAACCUUGUGGAAAAAGAGUUAUCUAGUUUCAGACCAUUAAGAGAGUAUUUUGAAAGAUUAAAUAAAAUGACGAGUGACGAUAUUAUUAAUAUUUGUAGAAUAUUGCAAACACAUAAUGCAUUGUUUAUGAUUUAUCCUAAUUGGAUUAAUGAAAUGGGAAUUACUGCUGAAUCAGAGAAAGUUAUUGAAAAAUUAAAAAUCCCUGUUGAACAGCCUAAAAGGAAUAAAUUAAAUUGGAAAGUUGGAGCAUCAGGAACUAACAAAAGGUGUUCAUUAGCAGAAACAGGAUCUUUAAGUAAAAGAAGAAGUGAAUCUUUAUCUCCUGAUGAAGGAGGAGAACGAUUGGCAUCAAAAAAAGAUAUUUUUCCAGUUGUACUACAUCCAUCAAUUAUUAAAAUGAAAGAAAAUGCAUGGCCUUUACAUUCAAAAAAUGAAAUGGAAAUUAUGAGAGAAUUUGUUUUAGGUAAGCCAUGCUAUUUAAUGUAUAUGCAAUUAAUUGGGUAUUUACUUCUUAUUGGAAUGGAGUUAUAUGAUAAAAUAUAUAACGAUGCAACAAUAUUAAAAGAUGAACGAUAUUCAACUACCUUUUUAAUUAAAAUACAAUAUUGUGAUGGAAGAAUUAGUAUCAGUAUUAGAUAUAAUACAAGCUCUGUUAGUCAAGUUAAGAUAUCUGCUGAUAUAAUGCAAUCAAUAAAAAAGGCUAUCAACACUAUUGCUGUAGCAUCAAAUAAUACUUUGGAAGAAUAUGUUGGAUGUACUGAAUGUAUUUUAAAAGAUGAAAAGAAAAUUGAUGUGGUUCCUGUCAAAGAAAUUAAAGAAGCAAGGAAAGAAGGAAAAACAGAAAUAUUAUUCAAUAAACAACACUCAGUUAUGAUUGGGACUUGUGCAUUGGAUAUUCUUUUAAAUGAAAUGGAAAAUAGUUCUAUUGUACCUUUAUUUGAAUCUAAAGAUAUGGAUAUUAAAGAAAUGAAAGGGUUUGGAGGAAGUGCUAAAGUUAAUAGAGUCAUAGUUAGUCAUAAAGAAGAAAUGGCAUUUAAAAUGUAUACAUUUAAUAAUUAUGAUAAAGUAUCAUUAAAAAUUGGAUUAGGAUCAACUGCACAUCUUGUUGCUUUAAAAGUUGAAGAAAUGAUGAAAGAAUUAGAGGUAUUAAAAUUAACAAGAGGAAGUUCUAUUAGACAUACUAAAUAUAUUCUACAACUACAUGGAAUUUGUUUAGAGCCUUUAGGAAUACUUGUUGAUUAUAUGGGAGAAGGCACAUUACAAAACUAUAUUGGAAUUAAAAGUAAUGAAUUACCAAUGACUAUGGUUUUAAGAUUUGCUAAAAAUAUUAAUAAUGCGUUAGACGUUCUACAUUCAAGAAAUAUUAUUCAUCGAGAUGUUAAAAGUCCUAACGUUCUUCUCAAAUUUAAUCAACAACAUCAAUUAAUUGCUGUACUUAGUGACUUUGGACUUUCUGGUCCUUAUGAUGAAAAUGAACAUUGUAUGGUUGAAAAUCCGUUAUGGCUUCCACCAGAAGUACUUAAUACUCAUCAUUUUCUUACAGCAUCAGAUAUUUAUGCUUAUGGAAUUAUUUUAUGGGAAAUGAUUACUAGAGAAAAGCCUUUUGUUGGUUGUAAGUUUAUGUCUGAAAUUGCAAAUAAAAUUCGAGCAGGAGAAAGACCACAAUUUAAACCAAAUAUUCUUAUUGAUAAUUCUUUAAAAGAAUUAAUUGAAAUGUGUUGGUUAGAAGACCCUUCGAAAAGACCUUGUUGUUCUCAAAUUAAGAAAGUACUACAAAAAGUUUCUAAAAAUCUACCGCAUUAA